ACCAAUCUGAGACUGGGACAGAGAGCCAAACAAAGCGUAUGUGCUGUUAGACGGACCGCCUUACAUUUGUAAUAGCAAGGAGGAUGACAGUCUUAAAAGAGGCACGUCUGCUGACAACACGUCGUUAAAAACAGUCGCUGCAUUGUAAUUCAACAGAGAGGCGAGUCGACGGCAAAUAGAAGGACGACUUUAACCUGCAUCGGCUGUCUGCGCAUGAUGCAUUGCAGCACUUUCGAGAAAAUGGGUGUUUUUAGCCCCAUCCUCAGAAAUGAGUGUAUGAUCCGAAAUGUCGGUUGGGUUCUUUAGCUACCGUGUCAUUUGCUAGUGCUGGAUUCAAAACAACAUUCCUACUGGCGACCUGCAACAUGGGGCCCAUCAUGCAGGAGCGCACAGCAUCCACGACACUGAAACGCGUCGUCUCCAAAGAGAAGAUUCGAGUAAAACAUACUGAAAACAGCGAACCAGUAACCAGUUCAAAGAAAGGUAACAAGAUGAAGAAAGCAGUGGGCCAGAUGAAAAAUGGCCUCCCAGGGCCAGGUCAGGAUAAGGACACAGUGACAACACUGCAGAAGGGCACACAGUCAAAAGGUGGCAGGGUCAAAUCUGGCACUACACGCAAUACAACCAAACUCUCCAGCCCUGAAGCAGAAGGAGAUGUGAAACCUCUCCUCCGCAAACAUUUAUCUGUGCACAGAAAAGAGGAGCAACGUGAAAAUCAACGGAUGUCACAGUGCAGCAAUGACCUACACCAGAAUCGUGGGGGGAUGGGGAAGAGUCGCCGAGCUCUCUCGCUGCCUCUAUCCCCAAUAUCAGGGCUUCGACACAUGCCAGCACACCCCCUAACUCACUCCCCGGCCCCCACCCCAGAGGCACUACAGCGACACUACAACCAGAAAGAUGUAGACACUGACAGUGCGAGUGAUCUGUCAGACUCUGAGAGGCUGCCAGUGCUGCCCUCUCCCUGUACCCCGUGCACCCCUCCUCAUCUUAACCUCCGGGCUGAGGUCAUCAACAGUAAUGACUUUCCCCCGGACUUCCCAGGACCUCAUGGCGCAAUGGGUGAUGAAGAUGAGAUUGAUGAACCCAGCUACAGUUACCCAGACUUUCUGCCUCCUCCCUUUAACAGCUGGAGCCUGAGACAGCUGGCAGUAUUUCUUCAUACGGAUGGCCGGGGUGCCCCUCGACCUAAGCCUGUAGGGACCCUCGAGAAGUACUUGGAGAGGCUGCUGCAGCUGGAGUGGCUCCAGAUCCAAACAGGGCAAGCAGAGAGCAGCCGUGUCCCAGGGAGUCGCCCAAGGCCACAGAGCUUCCCCUCUGCCACCACUGCUCAUCCGGCUAGGCCUCACACGGCUCCACCAUCCCGACUCAACUCCCCUAAAGGGCUGCGGCAAAGCCAGCGAUCCUUUCCAUUUACACCUGUCAACAACCCCCCCUCACCUGCCUCAGCCCAGCAACCGCACUCCCGCUUUCCAGUUUGCCCUCACUGUAAUAUCCGCUACCCGUUGUGCAAUGGAAGCUGCUCGGCCUAUGCCUACCAACGCCACUCAAGGCUCAGUCCACUGCUUGAGCGUAAAGCCAGACCUGGAGCACCAGCUAAAAGAAGCAGCAGUGAGACCAGAGCAACCUCAACGGAAGGGAGGAGCCCUGGAGCACAAGGUGGAGGAAAUGGUGGGGGAGGAAAUGGUGGGGGAGGAGCCCAGACCCCAGUUAGCCCCUCAGGUGGAAGGAGUCAUCUCCGAAACAUGCAGGCCGCAGGCAAUGCUCGUAAGCAACCCCAGGAAUCUGGAACUAACCCGAACAGCAAAGGUCAAGUGAGGAAAAGCCGUGUCAGAGCUAACUCUGAGACAGAUUUGAAAAAAGAGCCGGGUGGCAGCAAAGCAGCUGGUGCAGAGAAACAGGUUGGUGCUCCAAGUAAGAGAGAGGUCACAACCUCCAAGAGAGUGGAGAAGGACUGGCAGAGGACAGAGGCUGUAGGUCAAGCCUCUAAAACCGCCAUGAAAAGAGCUGCUAAAGAGCCGCAGUCCCUCUCCAAAUCCUCCGCUAGUAGUAAGCAGAAUGGCAAAACAAAAAAUGUGCACUUUGUUGCAAAGUAACCCCUAUACAUCUACAGCAUAGUGCUUUAUUUACUAGAGGUUACUUGGUACAGGAGCUUGAACCUAUGCUUGCUUUCUGUGUGAUCUGUAUUAUACUAACAUGUUGUAACUGUUGAACAGCAGUCUCAACCAGUCAGUGGUGUACAGCCUUAUAAAGGUCAAAACUAACAAGAGGUUCAGCUGCUAUAAAAAGAGAUAAAAACAGCAUUUAUUUCAAAGAAAAAUACUCAAAUAGAACAGAAUAUACACGCUGUAUUUCAUUCAAAAUGUACAGUAAGUAUACAAUCAUAAUGUUUUACUGUGUUUUGACAGAAGGCUCAUUAUGACUCAAAGCACUACUAUGAUUCCUAAAUAACAGCUUUUAUGUAAAUUGAGCUCUGCUGCACUGCACAUCAUCAUCUCUAAGUAUACUACUCAUGUUCAAUAGGCAUCAAAUAAGCAACUACUCUACCAUAGGAUAACUCUCAGCAUAAAUAUUCCAUAGUGAAGUUUAACACAUCAUUACAUUCAAGUCAUCAAAUGCAACCAUAGCGGUAACUAGUGGAGUCUGUGAUGUAGGGAUGUAUUUGUUUGUAAGGCUUUUACUUUACUUGAUGUGGCAUUUAUUUCGUUUUUUUGGAGCCUCAUGUUACAAGACGGUUAAAGCAUCUUUGGCUGAAAAGAAGGACGAACAUUGAGUGGUGGUGUAAUGCCGUGCUGUUAUUUGUUUCAGAAAUAUUUGUGCAAUGGUUUGAUUUUUUUGUUACAAGGGCUUCUCAUGUUCAACAGCUUGAAUUGUAGUCCAUGAUGAUAAAGUGUAUUUUGCAUUGAGCUGAGCUCUCUCUGACAGAAAGUGUAAUGUUUGCUACGAAUGUAAAUGCCUAUUUUUCCAAAUUUUAUAUACCAUAGUUAUAUUUAUGAAAAGUGUUGUGGCUGACUUGUAUUCAUCAUUAGCAUUGUUAUGUUUACAUUGUCAUGCACAUAAAGAAAAAAAAGAUGUAGUCAAAGAGCUGAAUGUAUACUUAAUGUCUACUGUGCCGUACCAUUGCUCAUCCCUGAGAUUCAAUGUGAUUUCAACACAUCAUAGCUGUUAUGCUGUAACAUGGUAAUGUUAUAUCACACUGCAUACUUGAAGUCUGUAUGUCACUGUGUUUACAUUAGAUUCUCUUAUCUGUUCAUUGUGAUUUACCACGUGCACUUGAUCCAUGGGAACACCACAUCAAUGUAAAUAACACAAUAUGUAUUCAGAUUGCACCUCUUUACUUAAUAUUCAUGUAAAGUAUCAAAGCCAUAGAUAAGAGGCUACAAGGGGCGAUGUUAUUAUAAAUGUGUACAUUAUGCUGACACGCACGCAGAAAGAUUGUGGUAUGUAUUUUCUCAAUGUUGAAUGCAAUUAUUUGUAAGGCAUAGAAAUAAAUGUUUUGCACUCAA